AAGUGGGAAUUGUGACGAACGGGCUUCCUCUUGCACAUGUGCUUGUUCUCGUAAGGAGCUAAGGCCUGUUUGGCGACUUGCACUUGAAAUUAGGUAGCAAAGGAGAUACUAAGGACAUCAUGUCUAACAAGUCUGAAUUAGCGUGCAUCUACUCUGCCUUGAUUCUCGUUGACGAUGAGGUCGCAGUAACUGGCGAGAAAAUCCAGACUAUUCUGAAGGCAGCAGCAGUGGAUGUUGAUCCGUACUGGCCAGGAUUGUUUGCAAAGGCACUGGAAGGAAUUAAUGUUAAAGAUUUAAUCACAAACGUGGGUGCUGGCGUUGGAGCUGGUCCCGCUGUUGGAGCAGCCCCAGCUGCUGCCGGUGCUGCUCCAGAGGCUGCGCCAGCUGAAAAGAAGGAAGAAGCCAAAAAGAAAGAAGAAUCGGAGGAAUCUGAUGAUGACAUGGGUUUUGGUCUCUUCGAUUAAAUUGUUUCAUUCCACAUGGAGUUGUACAGUUUUAUUGUACAUUAAUUGAAUAAAGUUUUCUAAUCAA